GCGGAGGACCAACAAUGGCGGCCAGCCGCCAUUUUCAGCCACAGGGGAGUGCUCGCUCUCGCUAUUUUACACCAUUUACCAUGCAUGCCUAUACUCCUUUACCCCCGGGGUGACGUUUUCUCCCACCUGCUGGCCUAUUUGUAAUUUCUAGCCAUUUAUGGAGUUGAGAAACACGGAGGAAGACAAUAGGAAGGAUGAUAGUGGAGGAGGAGGCAGGGAGGUCGACCUUGGAUCUCGUCCAACGGUGCCACAUCUAUCAUUAUCUUCACUACAUUACUUUCCCACGAUGAUCUCAGUAAUCCAGAGCCAGAUCCAGACUAUACAGAGUAUAUGGCUGGUUCUAACAAGAAGUUGGCGGGUAUACCUGGAGUUGACCUCUCCGACCCUAAACAACUAGCAGAAUUUGCCAAGAUAAAGCCAAAGAAAUCUAGCAGUGAUGACAUUGCUAGAACAAUUGCCUGUCCACACAAGGGUUGCAAUAAGAUGUUUCGUGACAACUCUGCCAUGCGAAAACACUUACACACUCAUGGCCCUAGGGUACACGUAUGUGCAGAAUGUGGUAAAGCUUUUGUCGAAUCUUCGAAACUCAAAAGGCAUCAGCUUGUUCACACUGGAGAAAAGCCUUUUCAAUGUACGUUUGAGGGCUGUGGCAAGAGGUUUUCAUUGGAUUUCAAUCUCCGAACUCAUGUACGAAUUCACACGGGAGAUCGACCUUAUGUUUGUCCAUUUGAUGGAUGUAAUAAGAAAUUUGCUCAGAGUACCAACCUUAAAUCACAUAUCCUCACUCAUGCCAAAGCGAAAAACAACAUGCGAGCAGCUGCCAGUACAACCCCACAAUAUGAAGCCGAGUAUAACUCAACCCAGCAGUACGUGCAGGUUGAGAUGCCCUCACCAGACGACCAACAGUUUGUUAUUUACACCAGCUAAUUUCUGUGUAAAAUUUAUUGGUGUGCUCGAGAGACAUUUAACUGGUAGUGCACAAGUGUAUUUUCUAUGCGAAGUGACUUUUUAAGAUUCCGGUGGAUUUAAACUUGUGUGAGACUUAUUGUAAAUGAACAUUUUACAAAUGAAUGCAGUGAUAUGUUAACAAGUGCAUUAUAAUGAUUUUGUUUACUGUAAAUUAUAUACAUAAAACUUUAGUAAGGUAGUCCAAUCAGUGUUUUGGAAACUACAGUACUAAAUAAAUACUGAUGAAUUUUUUUUGUAGUUUUAAGUUACUUUCACCAGAAAAUAUAAAAUUAUUAUUCAAAAGUUACACACAAUUAUAGCGGAGCUGUAUAAGUUUUGAAAUGAAACUGAAACAGAGGAGGGGCAGAGGAUCAUGCUCGAGAGGGAAAUGAUAUAGAGCAAACUUUAAGGUGUUGUCUGGGAUGUCGACUAGAUUCCCGAAUCUACUCAGUAAGUGUGUAUAGUUGUGUUACUAAUGACAAAUUAAUAUUUUUAUUUUGUGCCACUGCAAUCUGUCAGCUGUUAAUUUCAAUUUUCACAAAUUUUUAUUUUUUUUUUGCUAAGCAGAUUUUAUAUAUUAAUCAUUUAUAUACAGUACACAUAUUUUAUCAUGGUGCAGCAGCAGCUGUAUGGAGUGAGGCUGAGUAUCUAGUGGAAUGUUAGUUUUCUUUUUUUCACAUAUCUUUUAUUGAAAGACACAAAAGAAAAUCUUCUGAAUGUAAAAAAAAAAAAUCCAUUGGAGUACUCUUAUUUAUCUAGAUUAAAAUUUUUCAGCAGAAUACU